GAGCGUGGCUGACAGGUUGUCUGCUCUGGUGCGGCCGCAGCUGGAGCGCUGUGUCCAGUCCUGGGCUCCCCUGUUCAAGAGAGACGGGGGACUCCUGGAGAGGGUCCAGUGAAGGGCUACGAAGGUGAUGAGGGGACCGGAGCAUCUCCUUUAUGAGGAAAGGCUGAGGGAGCUGGGCCUGUUCAGCCUGGAGAAGACUGAGAGGGGAUCUUAGCAAUGUCUACAAAUAUCCUAAGGGUGAGUGUCAGGAGGAUGGGACUGGGUUCUUUCCAGUGGUGACCAGUGACAUGACAAGGGGCAAUGAGCACAAACUGAAACACAAGAAGUUCCUUCUGAAUACGAGGAAAAACUUUUUUUUGAGGGCGACAGAGCACUGGAACAGGCUGUCCUGAACAGGUUGUGGAGUCUCCUUCUCUGGAGCCACUCAAAACCUACCGGGAUGCCAUUCUGUGCAACCUGUUCUAGGUGAAGCUGCUUUAUCAGGGGAUUGGACUAGAUGGUUUCCAGAGGUUCCUUCCAGCCCCGACCAUCCUGUGAUUCUGGGACAUGAAGGAUUUUGCUGUUCUUUUUAAAACAACUGUCUACAAAUGACACUUGUUUGUUUCUGUAUACUCUGAAACAACUUAGAAGCAAUGUAAUACGGCAUUCUCAUCAAUUAGGCUGCUGUUAGUUAAGGUACAUUUUGUGUGUGCUUAUAAGCAUGCUUACUUCAAAAUCUGUACGGUCAGAGAAGGUAAUUAUUCCUUAGUUAGCAUUACAAAAAUGAGGUCUUGUUCUCCUGGUCCGGCUGUGCUGUGUGGUGUUAACCAGCAGGCCACUGUGCCUGUUCUGUGUGUUUAAUAAAACCCAAAGCAAAAUCCUGUGCUCGCAAGCUUCCGGAAACAGGACGUCCCUCCUCAAACUGUCCUGUGCACGGAAGUUGCAAAACUUACCCUUCACAACGAAUGUCUGUCUGACUUGGAGAAAGCAGGACACAUCUCCAUCAGGCUUAGGGCUCACUACUUCCACAAGAACAGACUAACACAUGUGCUUUUGCUCAAAGCACCGUACAACUCGGCAUGCUUACCCCAGCGGCUUGCAUCCCUGAGAGGCACUAAGAAAACAGCUUCCCACUUACUGGGAUAUGUCAGCAAUUGGAGUAGUGUCUUGUUCCUGUCUCCAUCCUGGUGCGUGGCUGCUGAAACCAAGAAUGCAGAAGAUGGGCUCCUUAGGCUUACAUACAGCAGCCAGGUGUGCUGCCAAGGAUUAUUAUGAAGUACUUGUGCUGGGUGGAGGCACUGGUGGAAUCACCAUGAGUGCUCGGAUGAAGAGGAAAGUGGGGGCAGGAAAUGUGGCUGUUGUUGAGCCAAGUCAGACUCAUUACUAUCAGCCAUUGUGGACCCUGGUUGGUGGUGGUGCCAAGCAGCUGGCAACCUCUGCACGUCCAACAGGCAGCGUGAUGCCUAAAGGUGUUGAGUGGAUCAAAUCUCGAGUUACAGCAUUGGAUCCGGAUAAGAACUGUGUCUGGCUGGAGAAUGAUAUCAAGGUAUCUUACAAGUAUCUGAUAAUUGCCCUUGGGAUUAGUCUGCAUUAUGAAAAGAUCAAAGGCUUGCCUGAGGGUUUUCAUCACCCUAAAAUAGGUUCCAAUUAUUCAGUUCAUACGGUAGAGAAAACAUGGAAAGCUUUACAAGAUUUCAAGGAAGGAAAUGCUAUCUUCACUUUCCCAAAUACUCCAGUGAAGUGUGCAGGGGCUCCUCAGAAGAUCAUGUAUUUAUCAGAGGCCUACUGGAGAAAAACAGGAAUACGUUCCAAAGCAAACAUAAUGUUCAACACUUCACUUGGUGUCAUUUUUGGUGUUAAGAAGUAUGCUGAUGCAUUGCUUGAAAUAAUAAAGGAGAGGAAUAUUGCUGUUAACUAUAAGCACAACCUUAUAGAAGUUCGAGCAGACAAGCAGGAAGCUGUGUUUGAAAACCUGGACAAGCCCGGAGUGACUGAAGUUCAUCAGUAUGAAAUGCUUCAUGUCACGCCCCCAAUGGGGCCACCUGAUGUACUCCUCAACAGUCCUGUCGCAGAUGCAGUUGGCUGGGUGGACGUAGAUAAGGAAACUCUACAACAUAAGAAGUAUCCUAAUGUAUUUGGUAUUGGAGACUGCACCAACCUUCCAACAUCAAAAACUGCUGCAGCUGUAGCUGCCCAGUCUGGAGUGCUUGAUAAAACUAUUUCCCUGGUUAUGAAGAACCAGUUGCCAACUAAAAAGUAUGAUGGAUAUACUUCCUGCCCGCUAGUAACAGGCUACAACAAGGUGAUUCUAGCAGAAUUUGACUACAACGCUCAGCCCUUGGAGACCUUUCCCAUUGACCAGAGUAAGGAGAGAGUAACCAUGUACCACAUGAAAGCCGAUAUGAUGCCUUUUCUCUACUGGAAUGCGCUGCUUAAGGGAUACUGGGGAGGACCAGCUCCUGUCAGGAAGCUGAUGCAUCUGGGCUUAAAGUAACUGCUGUUUUUGUGUGGAACAAACCCUUUUGAAGAACAAUGACUGAUCUUACAAUGGAUCUAUAGGUAUCUUCCCUCUUGGACCACCUCGUCCACUGAUUUUUUUUUUUUUUUAAUCAAGCUUUUGUCCUAUAUUCACUUUUCCCCCUUGUAAGGAUGAAUCCUUCAUGUGCUCUUCUACUGCUUUUCUAUGUAAGCCAACAGCUUUGACUACUCCUGUGCAUGCACAGGACUUGCCUUAAGCUACGGAACACUACUGAAAUCUACAGAAAUCAGUGAUUUUAAAGCUGUAUAUUUAUAAAAUAAAAUUUUCUCCCUCACUUUAAA